AGUUGGAAUCACGACAUUCCAAUCUCUGGUCGUUGAGAUAUGGAUAUCCAAAGAUACUUCAAAAAUCUUGAGAUUAUUUAUGCAAAUGAGGCAAUCCUUCAAGGACCUAUUAAACGGUGCUACAUGUGCUGUGGCUAUGGCCAUCACUAUUGGAGGUGCACAAAUAAAGAAGCCAUUCCUUAUGAAGAGCAUGUAAGGAUCAUAGCAGCAUAUGAGAAUCAACAGGAUGGCAAUUACGAAGAUGUCUUUGAUAACCAUGUCAAAGAUGAAGAUGAUGUCUUCGUAGAAGAACCAGCUUCUAAUGCUCAGAAAGAAUCACACUAUAAUGAUUCUUUCCUUAUUCAUGAUGACUUCGUUGAUGAGGUAGUUAUAGAGAAAGCCACACUGGAAGUUAUAUAUUCUACGGAAGUGAUUUCCAUAGAGUACUAUCCUCUUUUCAAUGAAGGAAAAUCUUAUCUCCUCUCUGAGGUAUGUUUGAAGCAGGUUUUUACAGGGAAUGGCAUCAUGUUCCGGAAAUUACACGAUGAGGUGCCCACUAAUUCCGGGAGGAACUUCAUUAUUGGUGGUUUCUUAAAUUUCCCAUUUGAUCCGGGAAUUCUCUUAUGAAACCCCAAUCAGUCACGGUGAUUCAAACCCCAUGUUAGGCUAAGAGUGUGUAAUAUCUCUUAAACACCAACUUGGUUUAUCCAUCCCUGAUUUUCUUCCAUUUCAUAUCCCCCCAUUUCUCCUCUUAAUCUCACUCUUUUCUUCCAAUUAAAAUACCCAAAAGAACUCCCUCAUCAACUCCAUAUAUUUCCAGUCCAUUCCCCCACAAAAACACCCUUCUUCCUGCCCAGAAUUCUGCCAAAUAAUCGAUUAUCAUUCCC